GCAGCUGUAUCACUGGGGCCUCUGUGGUAGCUCACAAAGGUAUAAAUCGUAGAACGUGGCGAAUAUUUUCUGUGUGCAAGCUAAGCCCAGCCAGUGCCUGUAACACAUAACUGUGUAACACGCCAUCACUUUAGAUAGUCGGGACGGUAUCCUUAGGGUAAACGACGGAAGAAGCGCUAAAAGGCUACAGUAGCAGUCAUCGUCUUCGCGGUAUAUUCCAGGCUCAAGUUGCCGACACCUUCCGGUAAAGGCGUUCAAAGGGUUUCCACGCGCGUGAUGCUCCUGCAAGCAGCGCUUAUUCUAGCUGUGUGCGGCGCUUUCGUUUGGGUGACACGGCGACGUCACCGGCAUGGUCUAUUUGAAAGGCAUGGUGUACCGGGGCCGAAACCGGAUCUCCUAUGGGGCAACUGGAAACAACUCAAGAAAGAUCGUAUUCAGGUAAUGGAUCAGUGGAUUCAAUACUAUGGCAAGGUGUUUGGUAUAUAUUUAGGCGACAAGCCCUUCAUGGUUGUCACUGAUGUCGGCCUCAUCAAAGAAUGCUUCAUCAAGGCUACCAAGGUAUUCCAGGACCGGCCAAUGUAUGCUGUCGAAGUGGAACCGCUUAAAACUGGAUUGCUUUUAUUACGAGGAGACAAGUGGCGGAAAGUACGCUCAGUGUUCAACGCCUGUUUCUCCGCUGGAAAAGUAAAGGAAUUAUUUGGUAUUAUCAACGGCAGCAUAACGGGCCUUGUCCAGAAAUUCGACGAAGCUGCCCUUUAUGGCGACAUUGUCGACGCCCAUGAAGCAAGCCGUGGCAUGGUAUUGGAGAUGAUCACAAAGACUGUGCUUGGACGGGAGACAGACCGCCGAAAGAAGAGUGAUGACCCCGUACACAAAUCAUUCGAGGUUAUAUUCCAAGAAGCGGACAAUGCGUUGUUUGAGAGCGCCUUUGCCUAUCCCGGCCUCCGUAGCAUUCUUCAGUGCCUCUAUCCGUUUACAUCUUUCUGUAAAGCAGUGCAGAAGGUAAUGGAGCAUACGCUGAUUAUUAUAAACAAGCGAAGGAGCGGAGAGAAUGAGCGAAAAGUUGAUGUGCUCCAGCACAUUCUCGAUGCUCAAGAAGGCGUUUCUAAUUUUCCGCUCACAUCAAGCACUAACGCCCGUUUUAUGGAUGACCACACCUUGUUAUGUAACAUCGCAGUGCAUAUUAUAGCUGGCUUCGACACAACUUCUGCCUCUCUCGGUUUUCUGCUGUACCUUCUCGCCAAGCACCCAGAAGAGCAGCAGAAAGUACGAGCUGAAAUUGAGAGACGGCUGCGUGGUCACACAAACUCUGAAGUGGAAUGUGACAUAAGCAAUUUUGAAGAAAAGCGGGAACUCGAACAGAAGCGAUGUCAGCCAAGAGAUAACGUUCCCGGCUCUUCACCCUCCCAUAGCUCGGAUAACCCGAAAAAUGCGAGUCAGAAUUCCGAGUACGAAUCUUUGGAGACAAAACUUGCCGAGCGAACAGAUCUGCCAAAGGCCUUGUCACAUCAGCGAAGCGAAAAAAGCGACCUCGAUGAAGACGAAGUCAUGCUGCUCGAGCGCCUCGACAUGGUCGUUCGAGAGGGGAUGCGCUUGUACCCGGCAAUUCCGAUCACCGUAAUGCGAGAGUGUGUCGAGGACACCACCAUAAUGGGCCGAUUCAUUCCAGCGGGAACGAGCAUUUUUGCGCCACCAUGGCACGUCCACAGGAACCCAGAGAUCUGGCCUGAGCCAAACCGGUUCUUACCUGACCGCUUCUCGCCAACGCAGCGAGACAGUGUGGCCUGUAGCUACUUCCCCUUCGGCCUUGGGCCCAGGAUGUGUGUAGCACACAGGCUAGCAAUGGUGACGCUGAAGACAGCGCUGUAUAGAUUAAUAAGGAAUUUCGAGAUUUCACUCGCCGGAGACAUCCCGGACCCGCUCCCGGUAUUUGUGGAUCAUGUGAUUCUUAAUCCAGCAGUGCCUAUAAAACUACGGGUUAAGAGGAUAAAGUUGGAAUGAACUCGCGAGUAGUUAUGUGCCGCGUUUAUGCCACUUGAAAUAAUAUUUGGAUAUUGUAACAUUACAUGCAGUGAUUGCUUGCAUUCGCAGCUUGUAUUCAGAAAUGUGUUUUAUUUUUCUGCUUCCCGUAGCACAAUGUAUUGUUUAACCAUUGAAUCAGUAUAGAUGCCUCAAUAUACCUUCCAUAAGAGACUGUUCCCAAAUUUUUCCCUAUUUACUAAUACCUCACGCGUAAGAGACGACAUUCCAAUUUAACAUCUGGUUACUAAUUGUUACUCCUCCACAUUAUGGAGUUUGGUAAUGGCCUAGCGUUUAUACAUUAGUCCAACAGAGAAGAAAGGACAUAGUAGGAAGAGUAAAAGCGCCAUUACGAAACAUACCUUCCAAUUUUUUGACGGAAAGAAUUUCUCAAUUUCGCGAGCGCCACGUAGCGCAAUUCGGUGACGUGUAAGAAUUACUGGAGGAGAUGGGAACCCCUUGUUGGGAAACUACGAUGUUAGCUUAAUUACUAUACCUUGUUUACUUAAGUAACUCCGGAAAAAAAGUUUUCUUUAAUUUACUUGCGUUAACUGCCCGUUCAUAGCUAUAAUUAAUUGAAGUAACUUCAUUUAAGAUCAAUUUCUGGGCACUAAGAGCACAAGUUUAGGAAUCUCGCUCUGUAACUGAACUACUAAGAGGGCAUUCGAAUUAUCAAUGCUUUUUAACAAAUUCUUUCUUUCGCACGCUGGCACUGCAGCACUAAGAACGGCAGCGUCGAACAUGCGUGACCAGUAAGAAGCUUACUGGGGCUCUACCUGACCGUAGUAACUAUUUCCUUCAUUAUCGCCUACACUGAGGCAAACAGGCACAGUUUACUGGCUGCAGCACUUUCAACAAAAAGUAGAGGCUUUCCAUGUCGCUUCUACCAAUUAUCUACUUGUCCGCCGUUAUCGUUCGUCCUUAUUCUCGGCAACUUAAUCGCUUCACCAACCAAGCUGGCAGGCGUUUCUUUCUGCAUUACGUGAUUCUGCGAAAUGCGUGUCCAUAGAGAUUCAUCGCUUUCAACCCUAAUGGGUCUCUAUGGUUAACCAGACUGCGUUUACUCAUGACUCAACAACAUACAAAGUGCAACCACCUUCAGCCUUUACAAAAGGCCCCACGUAUUGUACACCGGCAAGAGCUCGGUGGCAACCGCUCGACAUAACUGCUGUGUCACACGCGUGCUCUUCGCAGCUCUCGAGCGACUUAUCUCCGACAGUACCUUCUCAUUGAUGUUCUUCUACAGCAAAUUAAGUCGGCUUUGUCUGACACCCUCUCCAAGGCAACGGUCCUCUCGCUUAAAGCUCUACACUUGUUAACAUCAAGGAAACAUGGAAGCCCUUAUGACACCCGCCCGGCGAUCGAACUCAUUCAUUAAAUAGCGGCAGUAUUAGUACUGGGGAACAUAAGCGAAUGCUAAAAGAGUAUGAAAUCGGGUGGAGAAAGCCAGUCUUCCUUGCUCACCCACCGGCGAGCAGACUUCUCAAUUUCCCAGUCCAGCAGCAGCAACUGCUUCUUCAUGCCCAGUGUGUUCAAGUUUCACCCUCCUCAAGUAGGAAGACUGCAACACUUUCCUAGGACACGAUAUACCUCGGAGAUUUCGUCGCCUUAAACUCACAUAGUGCUGUGCAAAAAUAAAGAUUAA